AUGGGCUCUGCUAGUGGUGGUUGUGAUGAAGGUUAUUCCACAGACAUUGGUGUAGAAGACAGUGCAUGUGAUAUGGAAAUAUCUGCUGGCAUGACUAAGUAUUGGCGUCCAAAUUGUGAUGAAAGUUUGAAGCCUCACGUAGGGCAACAGUUUGUUUCCUUGGAUAGUGCUUUUGGUUUUUAUAAACAAUAUGCUAGCUCCGUGGGUUUUGAUUGUAGGCAGAGCACAACUCGGAAGGGUAGGGAUGGUGUUGUUGUUUUGAAGCAGGUUGUAUGUAGUCGUGAGGGGUUCAAGCAGAGUUCGUCUAGUACUUCUUCUACCACACAAAGCACUGUUGUGAAGAGGCGUAGGGUGACAAAUAGGGUUGGGUGUAAGGCUAAAGUGGUGUUUAAGGUCAAUCGUAAUCUUGAUGCUGACCAUCAACUUUUUGUUGCAAGUUGUGUUCGAGCAAAUAUUGGUCCUACUCGGUCGUAUAGGUUGUUUAAGGAGAUUGUUGGUGAGUAUUCUAAUGUUGGGGCUACAAGAGUGGACUUUAAAAACUUCAAACGUGAUUUGAUGGCGUACAUUUUAAAUGGCGAUGCUCAAUUGUUCAUAGAUACAUUGUUUAAAAGGCGUGAAUUGUGUGAAGCAUUUGGGUUUGAAUACGAUAUUGAUGAGGAUGAUCAGCUUUCAAGGGUUUUCUUGGCGGACGCAGUAUCCAAGAAGAAUUUUUCUUUGUUUGGUGAUGUUGUUUCGUUUGAUGCUACAUACCGUACUAACAGGUAUAAUUUGGUUUUUGUCCCAUUUACUAGCAUUGGUAAUCAUACGAGAUGUAUCACAUUUGGUGCUAGGCUGCUUACGAAGGAAGACAUAGACUUAUACGUUUGGCUUUUGGAGAGCUUUAAGAAAAUAAUGGGCCAUGAUCCUAUUUGUGUUGUUACAGAUCAAGAUCCAGCUGUGAAGGUUGUUCUUGCUCAAGUGUUUGGUGCCUCAAAACAUAGAUUUUGUAUGUGGCAUAUAAUGUGUAAGGUGGGAGAGAAGGUUGGACCAGUUUUAUCAAAAGAUGAGGUGUUUAGGACGGAGUUGAAUGGCAUUGUUUGGGAUAAUUCACUUGAUCCCAAUGCCUUUGAGUUGCGAUGGAAUCAUAUUAUGGAGAAAUAUGGGUUGGGUGAUAAUGGUUGUUUGGUUGAGUUUCUGGUGCACUAUGACAGUGCUAUUGGUGCACAGCGACAUGCCCAAGCAAAAUUGAAUGUUGAUUGUGAAGCUUGUUUUCCAGUUUUGAAGACACCAUUGGCGUUGGAGCGGCAUGCCAUGGCUGUUUACACAAUUUCUAUAUUUUAUGAUGUUCAAGACGAGAUUUGUUCGGCUUGUUUUUCUUGUCAAGUGGUGUCUUUGACUGAUUUUAAUGGUUGCGUGUCAUAUGUGAUAAAAGAUGGUGACCAUAGGACAUGGCGUGUGGAGUUAGCUUUAAAUGAUUAUUGUGCAAGUUGUUCUUGCAAGAUGUUUGAGCAUCGUGGACUUGAGAGUAUUCCUUCUAGGUAUUUGGUGCAUCGGUGGGCAAAGGGUGCAUGUUUGCACCCAAUAUUUCAUAUUGAUGGUACACUUGUUGAUCAAUCUGCUAAAGUGGAGAAUGUUAGGGUGCUUACCAAUCUUAUGUGGUCUGAUAUUUAUGCUUGUGUGGGGUUGGCUGAUGGGAAUAUUGACCGUUUGUCACAGCUACAACGUGUUAUUAAUGAGCAAAGGCAAAUAUUUCUACAGGAUGGGAGUGAGAAUGGGAAUGGGGUGGCUGUUGGUAGCAAGCGAAGUGUGAUUAAUUCGUUUUGUGGAGAUGUGUCUGUGGGUUCGACAGUGGAUGUGCACGACCCUGUCCAAGCUAAGAACAAGGGUAGUGGUAAGCGCUUGAAGAGCGCAAGGGAGAGAGCUGCAAGCAAGUGUGCAAAACAAUCAAGGAGAUAUCACACUUGUGAUGAAUAUGGCCAUAAUAGUAGGACAUACCCUUUAAAUACUUGA